AUGGAUUCUGCAGAGCUCGCUCCGUUUCACGACCAGGUUACCGCCGCUUUGGUGCAGGUGAGCCGCACCGUCGGUCAGCUGGCGUCGGAGGACCUAGGUUUCCACCGUACUUCGAGCGCAGACUUCACAGAGUCGCUCGAUGACCAAAGCGAUCGGAUUCUUACCCUGACGACUGCCUUGCUCAAGGCUGCUACCGCUGGCACUGAAGUCGCUGCGCCUACACUGGACACGGAAGAUUCGAUCGAGGACAAUUGGCGUGGUGUCGUGGAUGUGAUCGAUUCGCUUCUCGAGAAAGCCGAUGCUUGUUUGGACGAGUUCACGGGUGUGAUCAAGAAGUUGAGCCCCUCACAAGAAGAACAGGCACCGGUGGUUAGAAAAACAUCUAGAUUCCCAACCACCUUCGACUACGGCCCAUCAAAAAUCCCCAAGCCGCAGCUGCUGUUCGAUCGCAAGCCCGAUAAUUCAGACCUGGGCCCUUUCCAUCCUCUUCUCAAGACCAAACCUCAUGCCAGUAUUCCUCUUGAAAAAUCUCUGAAACAACGACAAAUCGAUGGCGCAACUGCCUACCCGCAUCCUUACGAGACCGAGAUUCGCAAUGCGCAAUACCCAAAGCCUGUUUACAAGACAUCUCCUGCCAUCGAUUAUCUUUCAUUCGAGGGCACAACCGCUACCUUUGUUGACACCUUGGAAGGUGUUAAGGAGAUGCUUGAAGAGCUGAAGCAGGCUAAGGAGAUCGCGAUUGAUUUGGAACACCACGAUGUACAUUCCUAUCACGGCCUGGUGUCUUUGAUGCAAAUUAGCACACGGAACAAGGACUGGGUGGUUGAUACCCUGAAGCCGUGGAGGGAAGAACUCCAGAUUCUCAACGAAGUCUUCGCGGACCCCAAAAUUCUGAAGGUGCUUCACGGAUCCACUAUGGAUAUCAUCUGGUUGCAGCGUGAUCUCGGAUUGUACGUGGUUGGCAUGUUCGACACCUUCCAUGCCGCAUCUGCCCUAGGAUACCCUAAGAGGAGCUUGAAGUACCUGCUUAAGAAGUUUGUCGACUUUGAAGCCGAUAAGCGGUAUCAGAUGGCCGAUUGGCGUGUUCGUCCACUUCCAUCUGGCAUGUUUGACUACGCCCGAUCGGAUACUCACUAUCUCCUGUUUAUCUAUGAUUCUUUGCGCAAUGCACUCAUUGCGGCUUCAACGCCGGAAGAAAGCCUCAUCGACUAUGUGCAAGAGCGCUCAAAGAACGAGGCCUUGCAGAGAUACGAACGCCCUGUCUACGAUGCGGAGAAGGGCCAAGGUGCUGGAGGUUGGUACGAUCUGCUUUCUAGAAACCCAGGCGGAGCGCUUUCCAAAGAGCAAUUUGCGGUCUUCAAAGCCAUUCACCAGUGGCGCGACGAGGUAGCACGUGCCGAGGAUGAGGGCUGGCAAUGCGUGUUCCCCAAGCAUAUGCUUUUCAAGCUUGCUCAAGUUAUGCCCCUUGACAUGGGGACCUUGUUGCGCACCCUUUCACCCAUGACCCCCCUCACCAAGAGCCGGGCUAGUGAUCUGCUUGCUACUAUCAAGGAGGCUCAUGCUGCUGGGGCUACAGGUCCGGAAUGGCGCGAUAUCGCACCCCCACCCAAAGGUCUUCGAACGGCCCUGGCUGUCGACAUGGAAGAUGUCGAUUUCCCCAUUGCUGAGCGUUACGAGACAUCUCAGUUCUGGGGCGACAUUCUGCAAGUCCAAGAGCCCUCUGCCCCUGCAUCAUACUCCGCUGUUGCAUCGUUGGAAGCUCUCCGACUUUCUCUUCCUUUGCCGCCAAUGCCUACUACCGUCUCCCAAGCUCGUGAAAAGCUUGUUGUCUCAGCCAAUGCCCAACCAACCCCGGCUCCACAAGCGGCCCCUGAGCCCGCUCCUGUUCCCGAAGAGCCCAAGUACUUCACUGUGAAAGACCUCGGUGCUCCACGCAAGCGAAAGGUUGCUGCAGUUGCCACUCCCGACGAAGAACUGUCUACGCCCGAUAGCUUGGCCGGACCAAGCGACGAACCAGAGUUGACCGAGAAGCAACGCAAAAAACUACGCAAGGAGAAGAAGAAGACUCAGAAGGCUGCCCAAGCUGCCUCUCAAUCCGAGGCUGACUCCACUCCCUUUGACUAUAACACUGCGGAUUCAAUCCUCAACGUGGCUUCCACAGCUGCGCCGAGCGUUCAACAGAGAAAGAAGCCCUUCAACCCCUAUGCUAAGGCCCUGGAGGCUCCCUCCGGCGCACGCAAGCAGAAGCGCAACGAUGCUGGAAAGUCUUUGACAUUCCGCAAGUAA